UUGCGCUUAUCGCAAACCUUCUCACUUUCAAAGUGACGAUAUCGACUUCACUACGGUUUACUUCGUACACAUACUUAGCAUAAAAACGCCGAAGUCGAACAUAUAUGGGAUUAAACCCAACUUCCAUCGGGAAAUAAAACCUCAAGAUGGUGGUCCGAACACCUUCGCUCAACUCGCUCAAAAAUAUCCUCCCCUCGAUACAUCAUCCCUUACCGUUGACCCCUCGCGAAUCCCAGUCCUUACUCAAUUCCAUCACAAAGUCCUUCCGGAAGAACCUCGAUAAGGAACACCCCUGGGGAUAUCCCGAUGAUAUAACACCGUGGGAAAAAACUAAAAUAAACAAACUUGCCUCUGCGAAAUCCGUUUCCUCUUCGCCUUCUUCUUCUUCUUCUUCUUCUUCUUCUUCUUCUUCUUCUUCUUCUUCUUCUUCCCUAGAUAAUAAUAAUAAUACCCUGGGUCAUCAACGUCCGACGGAUCGACACUUACGCGCCAUCCUUUCCAACCCCCUCUUCUCCCACCAGGCCCAACAGGACGAACAGAAACCACCCUCCGCACCCAGAGACCCCUUCCAUGUCUUCGAUUCCGCCGUGUCGCGGGGCCUUAUGACCCCGCGACGUGCCGCAGGCUUCCUCAUCAAGGUGCGCUCUCAGAUCAAGAGCAAAUCGGAUGACGACAUCCGGCGGGCUAUGGCCGAGUCUCAAGCUGGGCUGCGGGUGGUGCAGUGGCUCCGGGCCUCCGGCCUAGAAACGAGCCAGCAGUUCCUUUCCAACCCGUCCUUGUUCACAACUCUAAUACCGUUCAUGUAUGCCGAAGGUCUGGAGGAGGUAGCUUGGGCGUGGGUGACGCGUAUGGCUGCAGGUGAAGAGGCGGACGACGUAGAAAAUCAUCGUAUGUUUGCUCUAUCUAGCCUGCUGGUUGCUAUCCUGAAGCAGGUCGGCACUACGUAUUCCGGGGUGAAGGUCAGCCUCGACAAGCCGUAUGAGACUAUCAUACGUAGCAACGAUAUAUUGCCUAAAGACGACAGCGUAGCAUUCAGAUGUCUUCGAUACGCGUGGAUUCGCAUGUCUUGGAGUUCUACGGUGUUCGCCUCGGAAUGGCCGAAGCCCUCGGCGCCCCUCUUCGAAUCGUACGUCGACAUAGGACGCCCGUUGAAGGUGCACCUGGAUCUGGCACAUUUAGGGCUCCACCAUCCCGUUGAUCCCGACCAUUCCGCCGCUGUCCAAUUCUUACACGGCACUUCGAGCCCCAAAGAACUUUCGCCGUCUCAGAGGAGACGGGUUCUUUGCUUGGCCCUAGAUACGGCUGAUCGGCUGAAAGAAAUCGGAGAUGCCGACGAGCUCUCCUGGGUCGAGCAUUUCUUGCUAAAGAUGAUGAACGAAUUGAACUUUGACAUUUUCAACGCGCCCGAAAAGGACUUGAUCGCGUCUACGGUCCCUAUAUAUCAAAUGAUAUAAGAGACAUGGAGUCGAUAUGUAAAUAUAAGAACGGCCAUAGCAUCUUUCGGCUAUAUUUUACGGGAAAGGAAAUCCAGGUUGGACCGGCGUUUCGAGGGCAUGGGACGGCAUGUUUCUCUAUACCGAACUUCAUCCAAUAGAAUGGAAAUCGAAGUUCACAAAGCAGGUUUGGGAUAACAUAUCAAUAUAUCAACAAAUUUACUCUUGUAGAUCUGAAUUCCUUUCGUUAGACGUAUACCAAUCGGCUGCUAUAUAUUCCUACAUUAGGUUGGGUACCUGUUACCAUAUUUCUAAACUUCGUCGAAGUCUGGGUAUCGUACAAUCAUUCAACAAAACGAAAGC